GAGGUAGGGCCUUACUUUGGGAGCAAAAGCCAUGAUUGUGAUAAUUGGCCUCCUGACAACAAGUCAUGAUUGAACUUAAACUCCACUCUCUCCUAUCAUAUUCUCUGCUUUCUAUAUAAUCACAUGUUCCUUCCUAUUACGUACCCAUCAGCUUUCAACUCUUUCUCUCUCUCUCUCGCACUCUCAAAGCUCGUAUCUUUUCUUCUUUCCUUCUUGUUCAUAUCAAAGAGUCUAAGCUACUAUACGAGAAAAAGCUGUGUUUGGCAAAACUGAAAAUAAUGAUGGUGGAAAAAGAAGAUCUGGGUUUGAGUCUGAGCUUGAGUUUCCCUCAGAAUCACCACCUAAAUCUAAGGCCUUCUCUGGUUCCAUCCUCUUUCUCUUCUCCUUCUGGUUUAACCCUUCAGAAACCCUCAUGGAACGAUGUCUCUGCUCUUUCAGAUCCUAACUCAGAAUCUUUCCGGGCCGAGACUAGAUUAUUUCUUAGAGGAAUCGACGUGAACAGAUUGCCAUCAACUGUCGAUUGUGAAGAAGAAGCUGGAGUUUCAUCUCCAAACAGCACAAUAUCGAGUGUAAGUGGAAAAAGGAGUGAAAGAGACGGUGAUGGAGAUGAGAUUGAGAUUGAAAGAGCUUCUUCCCGUGGCAUCAGUGACGAAGAAGAUGGUGACACUUCAAGAAAAAAACUUCGACUUUCUAAAGAUCAGUCUGCUAUUCUUGAAGAAAGUUUUAAAGAACAUAACACUCUCAACCCGAGGCAAAAGUUGGCCUUGGCUAAGCAGCUGGGAUUGCGACCCAGACAAGUAGAAGUGUGGUUCCAAAACAGAAGGGCAAGGACCAAGCUGAAGCAAACUGAGGUUGACUGUGAGUUCCUUAAGAGAUGCUGUGAGAAUUUGACGGAGGAAAACAGGCGGUUGCAUAAGGAAGUUCAGGAGCUGAGAGCACUGAAACUUUCCCCACAGUUCUACAUGCAAAUGACCCCACCUACCACCCUCACCAUGUGCCCAUCAUGUGAGAGGGUGGCGGUCCCACCCAACGCAUCAUCCACCGUUGAUCGACGGUCCCAUCAUAUGGCCCAAACCCAUCGCAGGUCCAACCCAAUCAACGCUUGGGCCCCAGCUUCUCCCAUCCCUCAUGGGCCGUUCGAUGCUCUUCGUCCUCAAUCGUAAUUCGGAACUCAUGGACAAGGGCAUUUUGGUCAAUAUGAAAGACACAUGCGUACAGAGAACGGUGUCCCAUGUUCAAAGGUUUCUUAGGUCUAAGAUGUGGCGGUUAGAAUGUUAUUUGGUGGGUCUUCUUGUUUUGUAUUCGUGGACCCAUCUAAUCUUUUUUUUUUUCUCAAGUAACAUAUAUGCUGAGUAACCAAUGUUUGUUUUUCAAGUAACAAGUAGAUUGAUUUUUCUUAAAUAAGAUUUUGAUUUUAAAUUUUAUGAAUAAAAAAAAUAA